AUGAUGGUCACGCGAGGAGGAGAAGGGUGGGCUGGCAGGCCAUCGAUGGCUGGCUGGCAGCCUGGUCUGGACCACCCAACAGCCCAUGACCUGUUGGGAGCGCGCGGAGAGACGAGUAUUCUCCGAGGAUGGCGACCUUUAAUUGAACAACACCCCCCCCCCUUUCCCUCCGCGGGGUCGCAGCUCCCUCCUCCUUCUGAAGAGGUGCCGCCCUCGUCCACCACCCCGGUCUCACAAGGUGCUGACGAAACGGGCGUGCCCGGCGCCGUGGCCUGGACAAAGCUCUCUGCGUCCCUCGUGCUUAUGCCGCUUCCGCUGCCGCUGCCGCUGCCGCUGCACAGUCCGUGUUGUGCUUGCCAUCCUGCGGAUGCAGGUAUGAUGCGCAUAACGGGAAGGCAGGGCAUGGGCAACGACAGACAGACACAGGGGGGGAAACGGAGCUGCUGUGCGCGCCGCGGCAGCAGUGGGCCGGCCGUCUUGUACGGGAUCUGUUUACUGUUUUACCCUACUUCAAGUCUUUUGCACAAAGGGUACAUGGCCGGGGGCCCCAACGACCCUUUGUGCUGCUCAUCAGUGCUGGGCGGGCGCCGAUCACUUUCCCCCGACGUCUCCCCUCUCGCCUCUUCGUGUUGGGCGGGUUGGGGGGUGGGGGACCUACGAGAGGUUACUUACUGUACUGUAUACACUGGCUUGUAG